AGUGUUACCUCGACCUCGGGCUGCUGCGCAGGUUCGCGUUAUGGCGGCCCGUUUGGCUAAGAGUGGUUGGGGCGCUGCAGCGGUGGCUUCCCGCAGAAGCCCGCUGGUCUCCAGCCGGAGGUGCUCGGGCGCCUCGGCUGACACUGUGUACGAUGUGGUGGUGUCGGGCGGAGGCCUGGUUGGAGCCGCCAUGGCCUGUGCCUUGGGGCAUAAUAUUCACUUUAGUGACAAGAAAAUCCUGCUACUAGAAGCAGGUCCAAAGAAAAUAUUGGAGAAGUUGCCAGAAACAUACAGCAACCGGGUCAGCUCCAUUUCCCCUGGCUCGGCAACCCUUCUCAGCAGCUUUGGUGCCUGGGACCACAUCUGCAACAUGAGAAUCAGAGCUUUUCGGCGAAUGCAGGUGUGGGAUGCUUGCUCAGAGGCCCUGAUAAUGUUCGAUAAGGAUAAUUUAGAUGCCAUGGGCUACAUCGUGGAGAAUGAUGUCAUCAUGCAUGCUCUCACUAAGCAGCUGGAAGCUGUGUCAGAUCGUGUAACAGUUCUCUACAGGAGCAAAGCAGUCAGCUAUACCUGGCCCUACUCAUUUUCCAUGGCAGACUCCAGCCCGUGGGUUCAUAUUACCCUAGGUGAUGGCAGCACCCUCCAGACCAAAUUGUUGAUUGGCGCAGAUGGUCACAACUCGGGUGUGCGGCAGGCUGCUGGCAUCCAGAAUGUUAGCUGGAACUAUGACCAGUCUGCUGUUGUAGCUACUCUGCACUUAUCAGAGGCCACAGAAAACAAUGUGGCUUGGCAGAGAUUUCUUCCCUCUGGGCCCAUUGCUCUGCUCCCGCUCUCAGACACCUUCAGUUCCUUGGUUUGGUCCACAUCCCAUGAACAUGCUGCAGAGCUUGUCAGCAUGGACGAGGAAAAGUUUGUCGAUGCCAUUAACUCUGCCUUUUGGAGUGAUGUUAACCACUCGGACUUCAUCGACUCGGCUGGCACCAUACUGCAUUAUGCUGUUGCCCUUCUGAAGCCAACUAAGAUCUCAGCUCGCCAGCUGCCCCCUAGUGUGGCCAGGGUGGAUGCCCAGAGCAGAGCGCUGUUUCCCCUUGGGUUGGGACAUGCUGCUGAGUACGUGCGGCCCCGAGUGGCACUCAUUGGGGAUGCGGCCCACAGAGUCCAUCCACUUGCAGGACAAGGUGUCAACAUGGGCUUUGGGGAUAUUUCCAGUUUGGUUCAUCAUCUCAGUGCUGCAGCCUUCAAUGGGAAAGACUUAGGUUCUAUGAGCCACCUCACAGGUUAUGAGACAGACAGACAGCGUCACAAUACUGCUCUUCUGGUUGCUACAGAUCUUCUGAAAAGGCUCUACUCCACCAGUGUGACUCCACUUGUGCUGCUCCGGACAUGGGGCUUGCAGGCCACAAAUGCGGUAUCUCCACUCAAAGAACAGAUUAUGGCCUUUGCAAGCAAGUGAGCUCUCUUUUGGAGAUUUUACUGAUGAAAAUUGAGUACUUUCCUCAAGACCAUUGUGUAUUUCAAGAUUUAUUUAAUAAAUUCACUUUACCUUAGA